CUCUGGCAACUGAAAAUCAGAGAAGAAAAAUGCCUGAUCCAGCCGAGUGCAGUUGGAAUCCUUUCUGGCUAGGGAGGUGGAAGAAAAGCAGCCAGCGUCUAUAGGCACCGAAGGAUGUUUUAGGAAAGUGCUCUCUGAGGGACCGAAGUGGGAAGCGGACAGCGGAAGUUCCCGCCCCGGCUCCGCCUCCGCCCCCGGCUCGCGUAAAUUGGGUGUUUCCUGCCUCUUUCAGUCCGGGUUUGGAGACUCGGGCGUCCUCCGACUUUUCAUGGAAGAGAUGUCAGGAGAAAGUGUGGUGAGCUCGGCGGUGCCAGCGGCUGCUACCCGCACCACUUCCUUCAAGGGCACAAGCCCCAGUUCUAAAUACGUGAAGCUGAAUGUGGGUGGAGCCCUCUACUAUACCACCAUGCAGACGCUUACCAAGCAGGACACCAUGCUGAAGGCCAUGUUCAGUGGGCGCAUGGAAGUGCUCACCGACAGUGAAGGUUGGAUCCUCAUUGAUCGGUGUGGAAAGCACUUUGGUACGAUACUUAACUACCUUCGAGAUGGAGCAGUCCCCUUGCCUGAGAGCCGCCGGGAGAUCGAGGAGCUGCUAGCAGAAGCCAAGUACUAUCUAGUCCAGGGCCUGGUGGAAGAGUGCCAGGCAGCCCUACAAGACCAGCGUGGUUCCCUACAAAAAGGACCAAACACAAGUGGGAAGGACCAUGUCAACCCACAGCCGAUCCAAGAGCCCUUUGAACAGAUGAGUCUUCAGAAGAAUCCGCGAGUACCCCUUCCCCAAACACGAGGGGCACCCCUGGUGACGUGGGGAUCACUUAAGAAAUUAUUUCAAGAUGCCGACACUCUUAUGAAACAGCUUGGUGCUCCUCCAACACCUGAAAACAAGUUCCUGGCUUGCCUGACAGUGAUAUCUCAGAACUCUGCCAAGAACAAAGAUACUUAUGAGCCUUUCUGCAAGGUUCCUGUGAUCACCUCAUCCAAGGAAGAACAAAAACUUAUAGCGACCUCAAAUAAGCCAGCCGUGAAGUUGCUCUACAACAGAAGUAACAACAAAUACUCAUAUACCAGCAAUUCUGAUGACAAUAUGUUGAAAAACAUUGAAUUGUUUGAUAAGCUGUCUCUACGUUUUAACGGAAGGGUCCUAUUCAUAAAGGAUGUUAUUGGGGAUGAAAUCUGCUGCUGGUCCUUUUAUGGACAGGGCCGCAAGAUUGCUGAAGUCUGUUGUACCUCCAUCGUCUAUGCCACUGAGAAGAAACAGACCAAGGUUGAAUUCCCUGAAGCCCGGAUUUAUGAGGAGACCCUGAACAUUUUGCUGUAUGAGGCCCAAGAUGGCCGGGGACCUGACAAUGCACUCCUGGAGGCCACAGGUGGGGCAGCUGGGCGCUCCCACCACCUGGAUGAGGACGAAGAACGGGAACGGGAGCGAAUUGAACGUGUGCGACGGAUCCACAUCAAGCGCCCAGACGACCGGGCCCACCUCCACCAGUGAGCAUGCAGGCAACCGAGCCAUCCUCCUGCCACCCCUUCCCUCCCUGCCAUGCUACACUCAGAUCCUAUGCAGGCUCCCAGGCACCUUCCACCUCCUCUGGAGCCUGGAGAUCAUUUUGUAACAAGCCAGAUAAUUAUUUUGCUAUUUCUUGACAAGGUGAAUUGGUUGUCUCAACCCAGGUCUAUGCAGCCCUAUUUUUGAGCAAGCUAUUUUGAGGUCUCUACUUUUCAUGAGACUCCAGGAACCUUUGGAGCCAGGCUUUCUUGGUUCUUGGAGGAAAAGUAUGAAUGAGUGUAAAGUAUAUGUGAGACUUUGUUUGCAGUAUUUAUUUUUGUGAGUGUUGACUACCUAUUUGGGCUUCUUGGUGAUACUCCCCUAAGGUUCAGUGUGACUAUUCUAAGAGGAGUUCUGGGGUUGGUGGCCAUCAGGGAUAUCAGAGCUACUUACUGCAUAUAUCAUAACCCUCCAGCACAUUGGCUACCAUUCCUGGGUGUUUUGCCAGACACAAUCCCCACUGCUUUGCUAGAAGUUCGUUGUGCCACGUGAUUUUGUGCCUAGUCCAUUCUGAUAAUUGCAGCUUAUAACAGAAGUUUCAUCUAGUAAGCCUCUAAGAUGUUACUAGUGUAGCUUUGGGUGCAGAGCUUUCCUUAAGGAGCAAGACUUUUGCUGCCCUGACUAGUGUUUGGUUGGGACACUAGUGUCUGCCUAGGAUUAGAGUGUUCCUGGCAGUGAGUGUUCAGCUCUGCUCCUGGCUCCUACAGUUGCUCUCCUUGUUGACCUGCUCAGUUCCAGUAAGGCCAUCUGACCCCCCAGACAGGGAUAGCUCACUAAGUACCUUGAUCAGCAUCUUCCUCAUGAAGCUGGGUUUACUACAGCAAAUAGACGCCCUGCCCUUUGCUUAGAAAUUCAGUGUGGCUCAGAUUCUUUGUCUUCCCCUCUGGUAUCCAAGCAGGGACCUCCUCCCCCACGCCCCCCCGCCCCACCCCAGCACCAGCCCCCAGGGUGUUCCCCUGCUAUAAAUAUAACCACUGCUUGGAGAUACCCUUCUUAUCUUUGCCUCUGAUUCUUACACAGUAUAGGGUAGCCAGCCGCGUACAGGUUGAAAGAAUGUGCAGAUAUCUUUGGGUCUGGAUUGUGUCUGUGUUCCCAUUUGUGUUAAGGGAAGUGUGCUACUGUUGAUGGGGGAAUGUGUGCUUGUGGGGCACGGGCAGCCUGUGCCAGAGCCUGGCUGGCUGCCUGGUGCUCGUGUAGGACAGAUGUUCUCAGUUACCUACCUCCCAGCUCUCUUUGCCUGCAAAGGAACAGAAGUGAGUUGUGACUGAUACUGGGUUGUUGAGACUAGAGUAGGUAAAGUAGUUACAAGGAGAUGUGUGUGUCAGGUGAUGGAUGGGUUUGUCUGCUUAUCAAGGGAAUCGUUACCGUUUUAUACCAAAGGUAUUAACAUGGGUAGCCUUUGACACAUGUAUUCCAAAAAACGAGUUUAUAUUUUGAAACGGUUUUUACAGCACAGACUUUUUUUAUGUCCUGCCUUGCCCUGCCUGUGACAGUUGUAUGCCUUUAUUUUGUAUCCAGCAGCAAAGCCUACAAUAAAACUGUAAAACAGUCAUGA